GAGAAGAGCUGCACAUGACUUGAUAAGAAUCAAAGUUUGGGGCCACCACUCUUAUUUUCGCACAAAUUGGUGUGCUGUUUGUCUCCUCUCAUUAUAGGAGCUAUCCUCAACCAAAUAACGUGUAUGAGGUGUCCUUGGAUAGCUUUUGAAGUCUAUUUUUAUAAUUGAGUGGUCUCAGUUCGAGAGGAGAGAGUAAUCAUCCAAAAAUCGAUCUGGAACGAGCAGUGGUCUGUGAACUCGAGCUGUGAGAGUGCUGAGACUGUUUGGUUGAUAUCUCGAGUUUUACCAGUCCAAUUAAAGCGUGUGAGAUACCAAAAGAAAGCUCUAAAGACGAGGAAUCCGUGAAGGUCUGGUUUGCAUCAAUCGGAGUAGAGGAAGGCUUCCAAAUCGCCCGAGCAGAACGCGACCUCGCAGGAACGGAUUUACUCUUCUAAGAAUCGAGUUAGCCGGAAAACACCCGUUCUAGGGGCUGUUUUCGUAUCAACGGUUAGGGGUUGAAUUAGCAACUUGAGGAAGCUGUUUAACACCCAUUUUCAAGCAAGGAACCAGUUCUCAAUCUUCCUUGGCCGAGGCUUUGGUCAUUGGAUCGAGAAGGAAAGUUUUAAAGCUCAUUUGAGGUUGAGGCUAGAGCUUGCUUCCUGUGCUCGUUGCUCGAGUGAUCAUCUAGGAGGGAAGACUUGGUUCGUGCUUCCUCCAUUCGGUUUUUAAACAUUAAUAAACAUGCUCAUGGAUAUUUUACAAUGGAGCCUGCGUGCUCAUGAAUAGCCAUGUGUGGCCCUUUUGUUUUAAACAAUGUUUUCCGCUGCGUUAUGAAUUACUUAUUAUGUUUGUUUAUGGAUGGUUUAUGUGUGAAUGAUAUUCAAGACGCUUUGUAUAAUAUGAAUGUGUUGAACUGCGGUUGACUAUUCGUAUUGUACGGCGGGUUGUUGACGUGUCCGGGGAGGUCCGGGGCGUGACAAUUAAGUUGGUAUCAGAGCCUUAGUCCAUAAACUUCAUAAUGAAGUCUCAAAAUUCUCUUUUUGAAGAUAUUUUGAAAACCAUGAGCAUAGAAGUUUUGUACUUGGAGAGCUUUUGGUACUUGGGUUGCAAGGUCUCUAAUUGUUAAGAUGGUACCCUUAGCAAUUGGUAUGGCGGUGACUCGAGCCAAAAUGUGUCUUAAGUACCUAUCCGUCAAUUGACAUUUGAUACGAGUCUAACGACUCUUUCCAAAUUUCUUUCAGAAAUGGACCGUGGUGGCAGGAUUACUAGGAGAAACCCGACGGGCCGUGUACCAGUGGAGACUGGACAGGGCAGUCGAAGGACCUCUAGGGCAUCUAGAGGAGCUGGCCGUGGAGGCCGAUCACAGACCGUGAGUGACGGUCAUGUUGACACAGAAAGUGAAACCUACUGGUCCUAUGAGGACUCGACUUACCAACCGGGGACCGAGCCGGUUGAGACCCCUUACGAAGGGGAUGACGAUGAUGUAAGUGAUGAAGAGGGGGAGAAUGACUCCCUAGCAAGAAUCGAGGCGCUGCUCCAACAAUAUCAGCGGGAGCGCGAGGAAAGGAGGGAACGCCGGAGGCGCCGGGGAGGGCGAACUUCGGGUGGGGCUUCAAGAGGAAGGAGCCAUGGCGAUUCUCGGGCCCACAUUGAACCACAUGGGGGCCGGGGUGAUGGAGGUCCAAUCAUAAGGAUCUCCAAGUACAUCAAAGAGGCACGAGAUUUGGGGUGCAAACCCUUCAACGGAGCAGGCGACAUCUCGGUCGCCGCGGAAUGGAUCAAGAGGUUGAACGAGGCAGCCCUUGAUAUGCAACUCACCCCCGAAUUUAAACUAAGGGUGGCGGUGAGAUUGCUUGAAGGGAUGGCAUCCACAUGGUGGGAUGGAGCCAAGGGAAAGUAUGGCAAUACCGUGACUUGGGAGAAUUUCCGACAGGAGUUCUUUGCCCAAUACUAUUCUGAUUUUGAAGUGAACGCUAAAAGGAGAGAGUAUACCCUCCUAACCCAAGGUGGCAAAAUGACGGUGAGGCAACUUGAACACAAAUUCAGGGAGCUCGCGGAGUUCAUACCGGAGUAUGUGUGUGACGAGAACCGGAUGGUAAAUCACUUCUGGGAUGCCUUAGACCUGGAGGUGCGUGAGAGGGCAACACAGUUGCCUAACAUGACUUUUAGCCAAGUGGUCGAGCAAGGGUUGAAAGGAGAGAAAGAAUGGGAAGAGAGAAAGUUGAAAAACGCCGAAGAGGUGAAGAAGAGAAAGUGGGAGAACCAUGGACCUCAAGGUCCUAGCAAAAAGGGGAACCAUGGGGGAGGGGGAUCUUUUCGGACACCCCCACUGCCAUCUAGGGGAAGUCAAGGCCCGGGCGGGCAAUCACAAGCCUCGGGGGUGACUCGUUGCAAGAAUUGCAAGAGAAACCACCUGGGGAAAUGUCGUGACCCUCCUAGAUGCUACCAAUGCGGAAACACCGGGCACUUGAAGAUGAAUUGCCCACAAUUGGGUGGGGCAAGGUCAUCGGGACCAAGUAGUGGUAAUGCCGGGACACGGAAUCAAGCCGGGACUUCACAAGCGUCCAGGGGGCAAGGGGGAGCAAGCACAAGCAAUGCGCCGUCCGUGAAUCAAGGAAGGACUCAAGCUAGGGUCUACGUGAUGACGGAGGCGGAUGCUCAAGCUAACCCGGAUUCCGUUGCAGUUCGAGAGGAGAGAGUAAUCAUCCAAAAAUCGAUCUGGAACGAGCAGUGGUCUGUGAACUCGAGCUGUGAGAGUGCUGAGACUGUUUGGUUGAUAUCUCGAGUUUUACCAGUCCAAUUAAAGCGUGUGAGAUACCAAAAGAAAGCUCUCAAGACGAGGAAUCCGUGAAGGUCUGGUUUGCAUCAAUCGGAGUAGAGGAAGGCUUCCAAAUCGCCCGAGCAGAACGCGACCUCGCAGGAACGGAUUUACUCUUCUAAGAAUCGAGUUAGCCGGAAAACACCCGUUCUAGGGGCUGUUUUCGUAUCAACGGUUAGGGGUUGAAUUAGCAACUUGAGGAAGCUGUUUAACACCCAUUUUCAAGCAAGGAACCAGUUCUCAAUCUUCCUUGGCCGAGGCUUUGGUCAUUGGAUCGAGAAGGAAAGUUUUAAAGCUCAUUUGAGGUUGAGGCUAGAGCUUGCUUCCUGUGCUCGUUGCUCGAGUGAUCAUCUAGGAGGGAAGACUUGGUUCGUGCUUCCUCCAUUCGGUUUUUAAACAUUAAUAAACAUGCUCAUGGAUAUUUUACAAUGGAGCCUGCGUGCUCAUGAAUAGCCAUGUGUGGCCCUUUUGUUUUAAACAAUGUUUUCCGCUGCGUUAUGAAUUACUUAUUAUGUUUGUUUAUGGAUGGUUUAUGUGUGAAUGAUAUUCAAGACGCUUUGUAUAAUAUGAAUGUGUUGAACUGCGGUUGACUAUUCGUAUUGUACGGCGGGUUGUUGACGUGUCCGGGGAGGUCCGGGGCGUGACAGAAAAUGAGUAAAGUCAUCUUCG